AUUACCGAGCCCGCGUACAAAAUUCGAAACUUUUCCUUGCGAUUGAAUGACCGCGGCGGGCGGAAUGAGCGCUUGAAGAAUUUACCUUCGGUGAUUGAAUCGACCCUUCUUGAUUUUAUGGAAGACGUGAUCGGUUAUGGCCACCAGGAGUUGAAAGCACCAGCCUACGACAUGUCCAGUUCCAGUUACUUCGCCAGUCUUGGGAAAAGUGAAAAAGAAAGGCGUGAGAAACUCAAGCGUUUAUCCGCUGAGCGCAUAAGUUACAGAAAAGUCAUGUUCAAGGCCUUGCAAGUGGCUAUGAGGGAUGUUCGCAGCUAUGCAUACGAUCGCGCUGAAAGAAAAUGGAUUCCGAAUGAUAAAGAAACGAUCUCUGCCCCCCGAGGAGUAAAUGAAGAUUUCCCAAAUGGAAUGGACCCGACCUCAUUGAUGACCUCUUCAUUGCGUAUU